GGGACAUGCCCCCGUUCCAGGGAGGGGAUGCCUCACAGUUGCCUCCUCUGGGAAUUACAUUUGGAUAAUACUUCUCAUCCAGAGGAAAUGUUUGCAGAUGGCUUAUCGACGAGCCUCCCACGCCAGCCUCUGCCUGCCACUCGACUGCCAUUCUGAGUUCAAGCACCCUCGGUGCUUGCCCCUCCCCCUCUAGGAGGCAGCUCUGAAGCCCUGGCGGAGGGAGUGAGCCUCCCAGGUGGCUGGAGAACCAAAUGUCCCAAGGAUACUAAGGACCCGUGUGAUGACAUCGGGCCCCCUCGGAUAAUCCAGGAUAAUCUUCUCAUCUCAAAAUCCUUAGCAUAAUCACCUCGGUGAAGUUCCUUUGGCCACAGAAGGUAACACAUUCAUAGGCUUUGGGGCUUAGGAUUCAGAUGUCUUUGAGGAGCCGUGAUUCUACCUGCCACAGAUACCUCGCUCAGAGGAGUUACUACUAAACGCUUGGUACGGUGUGAGCUGCCACUGCUCAAGGGAAACAGAAAAGACUUCGCAUUUCAUCACGACAGUGCUGGAGCCAUCCAUCUCCUCAUGUUCAUUAUUUCCAGCCUGUCUUUGGAUGCUGUGCCGUCUUGACAAUUCCAGGGCGAGGAAGGCAGACCCCAUGGCUCGUUACUGCACCCGAGAGAUGGGACGCUCCCCCACGAGCAAAGCCUGCUGCCUCCAGGAAGCCAAGGAGAAAUAUUCCAGGGGAAGCGGCUGCUCCAGAGCCUUCUCUCCACGAACCAUCACCUUGCCUGAGAAGCAAAGGUGGACCUCCAAGGACCCAACCAAUAAGAGCACCUGUAUGCAAAUGCCCCAGCACCGGUCUGGCCUGAAGGGGCCAGCUUGCCAGUGAUGUCACAAUCCCCUCUGAUCCAACAAUGCCGCCGCCCCUGAAGAGGCUGUCCCUUGCCUGCAGUUCUUACAGAGAGAAAAAUUCACCGCCAGCAGAGCACCUUCUAAUUACUCCUGGAGUGUGGGGACAAAAGUCUCUGCUGUCCAAGUUACUGGAUCCAGAAAAAAAAAAAAAAUGACCUCAUGAACAUGGGAAAAGAAAUCCAGCUGAAGCCCAAGGCAAAUGUCUCUUCUUACAUCCACUUUUUGCUGAAUUACAGAAACAAGUUCAAGGAACAGCAGCCAAACACUUACCUUGGCUUUAAAGAGUUCUCUAGAAAGUGUUCGGAAAAAUGGAGGUCCAUCUCAAAGCACGAAAAGGCCAAAUAUGAAGCCUUGGCCAAGCUCGACAAAGCCCGAUACCAGGAGGAGAUGAUGAAUUACGUGGGCGGGAAGAGGAAAAGGAGAAAGCGGGACCCCCAGGCACCCAGGCGGCCUCCAUCAUCCUUCCUGCUCUUCUGCCAAGACAACUAUGCCCAGCUCAAGAGGGAGAACCCAAACUGGUCGGUAGCGCAGGUGGCAAAGGCCUCAGCGAGGAUGUGGUCUACGACGACAGACGUCGACAAGCAGCCCUAUGAACAAAGGGCAGCUCUUCUGAGAGCCAAGUACCACGAGGAGCUAAGCAUCUACCAAAAACAAUUCAACGGCAGCAAGAAGAGCCUCCAAGGGGCGGCUGCGAUGCAGGGCAAAGGGUUGGGACAAACUGAGUCAGACACAGCUGAUGGCUCCAAUCAGAAAUAAAAUGCCAU